UCUCGUUCGUUCCUUGUAACCCAUCCUGGCGGGGCGGCGGCCGUGCGGCACGGCACGCAGGCGCGUAGCAGCCAGUCAACCGACCGAAGCUCCCGCUCUUCCCUGCGACCGCCGCCGUUCGUGGUGGUAGGCUGGUGGGCGGUGGCCCAUCUCUCCUACCGCUGAGUACCAAGCCAUAGUCCACCGCCCAACGCCGGUGGCGACCUCAUGGCGGCGGUUGUGAGCUGGUACGGGCCACUGAUCGACCUCUCGGCGGCCGCCAGCCAUGUCGGCGGAUUCGUGCAGCUUCUGGCGGUCGUUCGCCGGCUCCUUCCCCACCAGGAGCAGAAUGCUGCGACCGGAAGGACGUAUCAGAGAACCAUUGCCGAAGUCGGCGACGAUACACGGUCCAGCUUCUCUGUCUCCCUGUGGUCCUCCAAGCAUAAUUCGACCAUAAUCGCUGGUGAUGUCUUACUGCUGCAAAAUAUUAAGAUAGUGCAAUUUAGAAAUGGCCUGGAGGGAAGAGCUUCUCAGAUGUCGUCAGUCCAAGUAUUGUUGAACUCUAAAGACUUGCUGGACACUGAGCCUGAAGGAAUAUGUGAACUAAUAAGCAGUUGCAAAGUCGGGAACGCUACAAAAUCAAAGUUAAGAAAAGUGGCAGAAUGGAUCAUACACACUAAAUGUGCUCUUGGGGAAAGUCAUCAUCAGAUGCAGGUGGUGUCUAAGAACUGGAAACUAGCAAAAGAAAAUGAAUCAGCACAUUUUUUGUCUAUAUCAGAGCUAAUCUCUCAGAGAAAGUUAUGUAAUAUAAACAUUUAUGCAUGCAUCGGCAAGAUGGUUCUAGUGAGUUCUCCGACCUCCCCUUUAAAGGUAAACUUGUCGGUCAUCGACAGACGUUCUUUCAAAGAGCACAGUGAUAUUGUCAGAGAUUUGGUUACUGCUGGAUGUAAGCUGUGUGGUUCGCCUCUCUAUCACAAAAACCUUCAUGAGGAAAACACGUUUGCACUUGAUUGUCCUAAUAACCCAAAAUAUCUCCAUGUUCCUGGUCAGAUAUACAGGCCAUUUCUGAUAUAUAUCUAUGACCAAUCUGGACAAGUUCCUUUGCUUGUGAGGAAUAGAGCUGCGGAGACCUUGUUUGCCAAUAUCACUGCAGAUGAUGUAUCUGAAUGCCACAACAGCCACAUGCUGUCAGAAACCUAUGAAUCGUGUAACCUGAGCACCCCUGGUACGGUAGAUGAUUGCGGCAACAAAGAGAUAGCGAAAAGGAGAAAAACCGAACAGAAGCCUAAUUUCUAUCUUAUUUGGCUUACUCUGAUCAAGUGUCUGCUGAGCCAAGGCAGCAACAGUCCCUUCUGCUUCCAGAUCUCAGUCAACCCCGAGAAGAAUGUUGAGGAUGGACGUUUCGAAUUGGUAUAUACGGAUCCUUCAACCUUUCAACAACCUCAUCCGUUUCAGGCUUCAUUGCAGGUUCCAAAUGAGACACCAGGGAAUACUGCGAUUGACCUGGCUGAACAGGGUGCUCUGUUCUACGACUGGCCCGUUCCUUUGGCGUGUGUGCUUAGCCUUAGCCAGAGUUGUCAUAUCAAAACAGGAUACUUUUCUUUUUUCUCCUCUGGCGAUUUGGAUUUUGUGUUCCUAGUUUAACGCGUAACGAUUUGUUCAACCUCCUUCCACAGUCAGCCUCUUGUCUCUUCUUUACAAAAAGCAAUAAACUACCAGUCAAGGUUAGCUUCUUGUACAAAUGGCCGCCUUCAUUCUCCUUACAAGAGUAGAUUUCAAGGAGGCAACCACAUGUUCUCACCACUGCCCCCCCUAAGCAACAGACUCGCUGGAUAUCACCAAAGAGUAGGUUAAGAAGCAGCUCGAGCCGCCCUUCCUUCGAGUCCCAUGGC